ACGCGCAUGCUCUGCUCUCCUGCGUGCGCAACGGCUGCUGGUCUGUCAGCCCGGCCGGUUAUGGCGGCGCCGCUGGAGCACGAGAACCAGGUUUUCCUGGAUCUCUUCCACCAAGACGGGCUGGUGAUCUGCGCCCGCGGCCUGGGCAUCGACCGCAUCCUGCUGCGCUUCCUCCGCCUCUACUGCGAGCCGGCCAGCCUGGUGCUGGUGCUCAACACCGGCCCGGCCGAGGAGGAGUAUUUUAUUGAUCAGCUGAGGUCAGAUGGAGUUGUCCAUCUUCCUCGGCGUGUUACCAAUGAAAUUACAAGCAACUGUAGAUAUGAAGUUUACACACAAGGUGGUGUCCUCUUCGCAACAAGUCGAAUUCUUGUGGUGGAUUUCUUGACAGAUAGAAUUCCUUCAAAUCUUAUAACUGGUAUUUUGGUAUACAAAGCACACAGAAUCAUUGAAUCUUGUCAGGAAGCAUUUAUCUUGCGACUCUUUCGCCAGAAGAACAAGAAGGGGUUCAUCAAAGCCUUUACAGACAAUGCCAUUGCCUUUGAUACUGGCUUUUGUCAUGUGGAAAGAGUGAUGAGAAAUCUCUUUGUACGGAAACUUUAUCUGUGGCCAAGGUUUCAUAUAGCGGUGAAUUCAUUUUUAGAGAAACACAAACCUGAAGUGGUGGAAAUACACGUAUCCAUGACCCCUGCAAUGCUCACUAUCCAGACCUCUAUACUGGACAUCCUGAAUGUGUGUCUGAGAGAACUCAAACGCUAUAACCCAGCUCUUGAAGUAGAAGACUUAUCAUUAGAAAAUGCUAUUGGAAAACCUUUUGACAAGACAAUUCGUCACUAUUUAGAUCCUCUUUGGCACCAACUUGGAGCUAAGACCAAAUCUUUGGUUCAGGAUUUGAAGAUAUUACGUACUUUGCUACAGUAUCUAACUCAGUAUGAUUGUGUCACCUUUCUUAACCUUGUGGAGUCAUUGAGAGCAACUGAAAAAGCAUUUGGUCAGAAUUCAGAACUGAAAAGGGAAUUGGUCUUAGAAAGCAACCCAAAGUGGGAGGCCUUAAGAGAAGUAUUGAAAGAGAUUGAAUCUGAGAACGAGAACAAGAACAGUGAGGAUCUUGGUGGGCCAGGGCAAGUGCUUAUUUGUGCCAGUGUAUGGACCGAACUUGUGCCACAACUGAGAGAGUAUAUUAUUGCUGGAGCAGAGGCACUUUUAAUGAGGCUCUAUAACAAAACUUUUGGGAAGGAUGAAAGAGCUGGAGAAGCAUGGAUUAAGGAUAGAAAAGCUGUCAAGUCCAAAGGAAAUGCCAGAUCGGCCAAAGGACCUCAAACCAAAAAAGCCAAAGUACAUGUCUCCUCAAAACAAAACAAAAUCAUGAAGAAACAAGACUUGACUCUAACCCAAAUGAUGGGAAAAACAGAGGAGGAAAACAUAGGAGAGGAGAUGGAGGGCUAUAAGGAAUCAAGCAGCAGUGAAGAAAUCAGUAUAGAAGAAACCAAACCUGAAGAUUUCCAUCUAAACUUAGCAUCAGAUGCUUAUUAUGGUAUCUUCAAAACCCCGCUAACUAUUCUUCAUCCUUUGCAGGGUUGUAGUGACCCCUAUGCUCUCACUCGGGUAUUGCAUGAAGUGGAACCAAGAUAUGUAGUGCUAUAUGAUGCAGAACUAACUUUUAUUCGGCAGCUGGAAAUCUACAAGGCAAGCAGGCCUGGGAAUCCCUUGAGGGUUUAUUUCCUUAUAUAUGGAGGUUCAACAGAAGAACAGCGCUAUCUUACUGUGCUGAGAAAAGAAAAAGAAGCUUUUGAAAAACUCAUUCGAGAGAAGGCCAGCAUGGUUAUCCCUGAGGAAAGAGAAGGCAGAGAUGAAACAAACUUGGAUCUAGUAAGAGAUUCUACUUCUGCAACUGUUUCUACUGACACACGCAAAGCAGGUGGACAGGAACAGGAAGAGCGUUCAACAAACUAUAAUAGUGGAUAUGCGAGAAUUUCGCAGUGAGCUUCCAUCUCUGAUUCAUCGUCGUGGCAUUGACAUUGAACCUGUUACUUUGGAAGUUGGAGAUUACAUUCUCACCCCUGAUAUCUGCAUCGAGCGGAAGAGUAUCAGUGAUUGAUCGGUUCCUUUAAAUAAUGGGAGGGCUCUAUUCCCAAUGCAUUUCUAAUGUCUCGUUAUUAUAAGCGACCAAUUCUUCUGAUUGAAUUCGGACCCUAGCAAAUCUUUCUCUCUCACUUCACGAGGUCUCUUACAUCAAGAGAUUUCCAGUAACGAUAUUACUUCUAAACUCACCCUUCUUACUCUUCAUUUCCCAAGGUACGUAUCCUGUGGUGUCCGUCUCCCCAUGUCACUGCUGAGUUGUUUGAGGAGUUGAAACAGAACAGGCCACCAGCCUGAUGCAGCAAUAGCAAUGGCCCAUUACAGCAGAUUCUGAAAUUGUUCCUGAGUCAGACAAGUAUAACCCUGGACCACAGGAUUUCUUAUUAAAAAUACCAGGUGUAAAUGCCAAAAAUGCCGUCUCUUAAUGAACCACAUUAAGAGCAUUUUCAGAGCUGGUAACUCUGUCACAGACAAACUCUCAGAAAUUCUGGGCAACGCUGUCAAUGCUAAGCAGCUUAUGACUUCAUUCACAUAUCCUAUGCAUGAGGCCAUUUCUCAAGGGAAAACCAGAAGAUGAUUAAUUAGGCCAUACUGAUGUCCCUUAAAUAGCACUUUGGGUAAAGUUUAUUAGAUAUUAAUUUUUCUCUUGGUAUAGGCAGUUGUUGUGUCUGUUAAUGCCAUCCACCAUAUUUAACAUUCCGAGGUCUUUAUUGCUGGAAAACAAGUUUUAUGUACAAAAGACAAGUUGUCUUUAAACAGCAUUAAUUAGUGCAUCAUUUUAUUCUUCCUAGUGUGUUGCCCAACCUCUGAGUAGUUCAGCUUUAAAUGGUGUCCUAGGACCUACCAAAAUCACGUGCUAAAGGAUGAAGAAGAAUCUCUUAAAAUAAGAGAAAAGGGCUAUAGACUGUACGCUGUCUUAUAUAAGUGAAGAUGUGUUAAAUUUCAGAUGGUGGAAUAUGGGGCCAUUUUGCAUAGUAUGUUGCUUUUUCCCUUGAUAUGCAUAAACUAUCCUUUCUGUCAACAUGAUAUGAAUUCCCUUAAAUUACAGCUCUCCCAUUGACAGUGGGGCAGCUGUUAAAAUGCUCAUAAUUCUGUGCCUCUGUUUAAAGAAAAAUACUGUGGAUGACUCAUUACUUGACAAUCCUCCUUCCUAUCAGAAGUUUCUGUUUUGGUCAGAAAUAUGACUGCAUAAAAGUGGCACCCUCUUGGGUUUGUUGGUCUUUCUGUUGUAUGAAUGGAUUUUUUUUUGUAGCAUAUAAAAUUAUUGUUCAGAAGUGAAGUUUUCUUGAAAAGUGAACAGUUUUAAAACCUUGCCAUCUAUUAAAGUCUUAAUACUUUGCACUUGAGUGCCUUGAAUGGAUAGAUUCAAGAUUCAUAGAUUCAGUGCUGCUACUUCUUUUCACCUGAGAGCUGACUUUUAGCAUUUUUAGGUAGCACAUAAUAGGAGUAGAAAUCUAAUUUCUCUGCAGUAAUUUCUGUGUCACUUGUAUAAAAGACGGUACUUUCUGUGCUGAACUUUGAAAUGAUAGUUGCAUAUCAGAGCCUGCUUUUGCCCCUGGGGAUAAAUGCAGCUUCCAGUCACUAAGCACUAAUACUUGACAUUUACAAAAUCUUGAGUAUGUACCAGUUAAGAGUAAUACAUAUUUUAGCAAUUCACUGAUUUGAAACCUAUAUGUACUAUAGCACAGAAAAUGUAUACAUUUGCUGUAUGUGAGUUUGACAUUUUUGGCCUCAUGAUUUUUACUGUGGCACUGUCUUUUAGUGUUUACAGUACAUACAUAAGUAUUUAGAUUACCUGUGAAUUUGUCAUUAAGUGCUCAUUCAGGGACUCAUCUAAGUGUACUAGUUAUUGCAGGCCUUCAAAUGGAAAAUUUUAUUCUGCAAAAAUCAAAUUCAACAUAAAUGUGUUUUGGUUCUAGGUGAAAUAGACCAAAAACGAAAGCUUUGCAGUUACAGCUGUAAUGCUGUGCUUUUUGCACCCCAUUUGACUAGUUAUUACAGGGUCACCAGGAUUUUUGAAAGUGUGGAAUGUGAUCUCUGUUUCCUUGCUUUCUUAGUUUUUUAGAACCCUUAACAGUCUAACUCUUUUCCCCUUUGUAUAAAAGAUAUUGCUUCAUGGCUAAAUGUAAGCUCUUAAGCCAGGAAUCAUACGUAGGUGCUGUUAAGUAUUAUAAAUCACACAGUGAUGUAAGAAGAGAAGAAAAUCAUGUCUAUUAAUCUUCUUAUAACGAUUAUGGCUGUCAUGAACGUUUAUCCUGCAGACUCCUUCAGAAAAGUAAACAGUGGAACAAAACCAGGAUGCACAUCUGUAUGUUGUGUGUUGGAUCACUAAGGAGUACAGGAACUGUUGUUUUAGUUGUACUGCCUGUCAGCUGGAUCAACUCCCUCAUACAUUUCUCAGGAAUUGCACAUGGUGAAAGUGAAGGGCAUGCAAAUGUGACUUUGACAGUGAUACAAUAAAGGUGGUAUCAGUAAAGCAGGUAUAAUAUUUGCUAAAUAUUUAAGUUGCUUUUUUGUUUCAUAUAGGGUAAAUUUAGCAUUACUUUAUACUGGACUUCUGUGUUUUUUAAGGAAAAAUAGCAUUUAGUAUUGAUACAGCUUAUUAUUUGUAACAUAAUUAUGCCCGAAGACCCCAUUCAGGACCCAGUUGUGUUAAGGUCUAGACAUAUCCUUAAUGACAUGUUCCCUGCCCUGAAGAUUUUAUUCUGUAAUUUCCCCACAAAUUAAUUAAAUGUGUUCAUUUAAAGGAA